AUGGUGCAGCAAGCACGCUUGAACGACGCAGCUAUUGCGCUGCACCGAGUCCUCUCGGGACAACAAGUCAAGUUCGGCAUAUUUGGUGGUUACGCAGUAUCGACCCUGGGAGGGCCACGCGAAAGCAAAGAUGUUGACUGUAUUGCAUCAGUUAACAAGCAACAGAUUCUCAACAUCCUAGAUGGGAAGAACGGCUUUGUGGCUGUGCCACAAUUGCGGCAGGAUUACGUUGCAUUCCUCUGGUCUGACAAGCCCAGCCGUGAGCGGGCAGUACUUGUUGAAAUUUUCUGUGAAGGCUUUCCUGGGGCAACCUUUACCAUGGCCGACGUUGUGCCAAGGGCGGCCCAAGUAACAGGGGAAACCCAAGGCACCGGCGCCACCAUGCUGUUAGAUCCAGUCUACCUGUUCAAAGGGAAGCUUCGAGCCGCUGCCACACGUGGCAAGUUCCACGAUGCCUCUGAUUUGCGUUGGCUGGAGAGCAAUUACCUUUCUAGACUCCAGCAGAACAGAGGCCAGUUAAGUCUCCUCUAUGUUGGCCUAGCAUUGAAGCGCUAUCCUGAGCUCCAGCACUGCUUCACGCGCAUCGGCGUCAACAUCCAAGCGGCGAUCGCCAGGGCAGCUGCUCACGACAUCAACCAUCUUCCACCGCCGCAACCAGGCGACGUUCAGAAGGGGCUGCUUGCGCCACCUAACACAUGA